AUGAUUGACAACCUUGUCCAACAAAAUACCACCAUGGCAAGCAUCGUUCCCAACCCUCUAAACCGCUUCCGCAAACACGACUCCCACAAACCCCUUCACGCCAGAUGGGGUGAUGUAUCCAUCACAGCACCGACAGAUGGAUCCUGGUGCCAAUACGAUAACCCGCAUAAAUCCGCACAACGACGUCUAGGCUACGGACCCGGGUACGUCCCCGAUGGGUUCCAUCGAGCAUCUAUCUCACCGGCCCGGGACUUCGAAGACGAGUAUGAAGAUGACGAAGCCCCCAAGGCAGAGACAUCUUCACGACGAAUGAGCACACUAAACCCCCGACGCUUAUCAAUGCGUCUAUCCCGGACGAAGUCUCCAGACGGCAGACAACAACAGCAACGCCGCCCCCGCGGCCUCGACAGAGCAGACUUCGCCUACAAACCCAUAAGACAAGACUACUCCACCGAAGUCGCUGAGGUAGCGCAUAGACGCGAGUCCCGGUUCCGGUAUAUCCCCGCUAGUCCGCAGUAUCUCGAGGAGCUUGAGCGCAGUCAGUCGGUUAGCUCUGGGUAUGGCUCUGUUUCUAGCUCUAACUCGUAUGGUCAUGAAUGUGGCCAUUCUUCUCGGAGCGGGAGUCCCUUGCGCUAUGGUGCUGGUGUUGAUGAUGAGUUUGAACCUCAUCGGGGACAGAGAGAUAGGGGGAGUAGGGUAUUCCCCAUGGGUUGUUCUACUAUUUCGGGACAAGGACACGGACAGAGGAAUUGGUUGUCAGUGCCGGGUGACAGGAAGAAGAGGUACUCGACAAAGAGAUUGACUACGGUUAUGGUUCCGGAUCCUGAGGAUAUGUAUGGUUGA